CAGCAGCAGAAAAGUGCAAAGAAAAAUUGUUAAAGUAUUAUAAUAGAACCAAUGAAACAUAUCUUAUUGCUAUCAUUUUGGAUCCAAGAUUUAAAACAUUAUAUUAUGAAGAAAAUGAAUGGAGCCAAAAUGAAAUAAGUGAAAUUAUUCAAAAAAUUUCUUCAAUUUACAAUAUAUUUUAUGCACCUACUUUAUCUGAGGUUUCAAAUGAAAAUGAAUCUUUUGAACAGAAAAAUUCUAUUAUAGGAUGUUUAUUCAAAAAGCGCCAUACAGAAAAAAUAGAUGAACUUCAAGUAUAUCUUUCUUUACCUACAGUUGAUGAAACAGUGAAUUCUCUUGAAUGGUGA